UGCCAGCCAGCCAGCCAGCCAGCCAGCCAGCCACCUACCUACCCACCCACCUACCCAGCCAGGAACAGCUGUGCCGUCCAUCCAGCCGGGAACAACCCGUGCCCUGUCCCCACUGCCGCUGCCGGUCUGCUUCUGGGAAAAAAAGCUCCUGCGGACCCGUCCUCCACCCUAGCAUGGGAUGGGUGAGCCCUGCGAGCGCGGUACCUGCUCGCCGGCCGCUGGCAUGACGGAAGGAGCGGACCGGGAGUCCUGGGACGCGCCACUGGGUUUCCUGGAGGGCGUUCAGAUGGACAACAGGAGCAACGUGUCCUUCCUGCAGUUGUUAAAGAACAUCAACCUGGAGCGAGCUGACGGGAUGCAGGGGGACAGCUCUGAUGUGGUGAGAAUUAUCAUCUCGCUGGUGUACUCUGUAGUGUGCGCCCUGGGGCUGGUGGGCAACCUACUGGUGCUCUACCUGAUGAAAAGCAAACAAGGCUGGAGAAAAUCCUCCAUCAACCUCUUUGUGACCAGCCUGGCAGUGACUGACUUCCAGUUUGUGCUGACCUUGCCAUUCUGGGCAGUGGAGAAUGCGCUGGACUUCAAUUGGCUCUUUGGCAAGGCAAUGUGUAAGAUUGUCUCAUAUGUGACAGCCAUGAAUAUGUAUGCCAGUGUAUUCUUUCUCACUGCCAUGAGUGUGGCUCGAUACCGCUCUGUGGCUUCAGCCUUGAAGAAUCAGCGUCGAGGAGACCCCCUGGGUGGCUGUUGCUCUGCCAAGUGGCUUUGUGCACUCAUCUGGCUGUCAGCUGUCCUGGCUUCCCUGCCCCAUGCCAUUUUUUCCACCACUGCCACUGUCUUUGAUGAUGUUCUCUGCCUUGUCAAGUUCCCAGAAGGCCGAGGCAGCAAUGGCCAAUUCUGGCUGGGUCUGUACCACAUCCAGAAGGUGCUGCUAGGCUUUGUGGUGCCGCUGGUCAUCAUUAGUCUCUGCUACUUGCUCCUGGUGCGCUUCAUCACUGACAAGCACGUUGGCAGCACUUGCAGCGGCCCCAGCACCAGGCGCCGCUCCAAAGUGACUCGGUCAGUGUCCAUCGUGGUAUUGUCUUUCUUCUUGUGCUGGCUGCCUAAUCAAGCACUUACAACAUGGGGGAUACUCAUCAAACUCAACGUAGUGCACUUCAGCAACGAGUAUUUCCUCUCCCAAGUGUACCUCUUCCCCAUCAGUGUGUGCCUGGCACACUCCAACAGCUGCCUCAAUCCCAUCCUCUACUGCCUCAUGCGCAGGGAGUUUCGCAAGGCACUGAAAAGCCUCCUCUGGAGGAUCACCUCACCUUCCCUCACCACCAUGCGCCCUUUCACUGACACCACCAAGCCUGAGAAGGAGGAGCAGGCUCUGCAUGCCUUGGUGCCUGUUCACCCUGUCACUGCUGCUUCCCCUGCUGCCGCCAUCCAGCCGGAGGUGGCUUAUUACCCACCCGGGGUGGUGAUGUACAGCAGCCGCUGUGACCUCCUGCCUGCCAGCUCCAUGGAGCAUCGCUGCUGAGAUGGGCAGGGGGCUCUGGGGGGUGGGACUAUGGGCUCUGUGCAAGGUGUGGCCCUGGGAUAUUGAAUGCCUGCCAGGGACAAGGGGAGGAGGGAUGGGUAAAGGAGGACUUCUGUGUGAGAGAUGCUGUUUUGUGGUUGUGUCUGCCCUUGGAUGCUUGAUGAAAAUGCCCCCUGAGCUGGAGAACAGGAGUAGGAGGAGGCAGAGGUGGGGUGUCUCUAGGAGAUGCCUUUUAGUGCUUGUUCUGGGUCACAGGAACUGGGGAGGGUGAUGGGACUCCAGCCAGGGAGGAUGCAAAAUGUGCAAAGUACCAUAGGAAGGAGAG